AACCCUACCCAGGGCACGCAUCUUCCCUCACUUCCCCCAUCCGCCGCCGCCGCGCCUCCCUCCUCGCUCAAGGAGCUUGUGUAAGUUCUGCAAGGCUGCCAAGAUGGUUCUGAAGACUGAGCUUUGCCGUUUUAGCGGCCAGAAGAUUUACCCAGGGAAGGGUAUCAGGUUCAUCCGUGCAGAUUCGCAGGUUUUCCUUUUUGCCAACUCAAAGUGCAAGCGCUACCACCACAACAAGCUGAAGCCUGCAAAGCUUACCUGGACAGCAGUUUACAGGAAGCAGCACAAGAAGGAUAUCCACGCUGAAGCAGCGAAGAAGAGGCGCCGCACCACCAAGAAGCCAUACUCACGAUCAAUUGUUGGUGCCACCCUGGAAGUUAUCCAGAAGAAGAGGGCCGAGAAGCCAGAAGUCCGUGAUGCUGCCAGAGAAGCUGCUCUCCGUGAGAUCAAGGAGCGCAUCAAGAAGACCAAGGAUGAGAAGAAGGCAAAGAAGGCAGAGGUGACCAAGUCCCAGAAGUCACAGGGCAAGGGUGCCGUGCAGAAGGGUUCUAAGGGUCCCAAGCUUGGUGGUGGUGGCGGAAAGCGUUGAAAGUCGAUUGCACCAUAGAGAUAGAGUUCUGCUGCCUAGCGUUGUCUCCUAUCCUAUCAUAGACCUUUGUCAAGUUACCCUGCUGUUUUGAAGUUUCACCUUUACUCUUGACGUUGAAUGUCUAACGUUUUGGAUUGCUUCGAUGAGUUUAUUUAUAAUGGUACUUAUGUUGGGUGUUA